AGCACGGCGGCCAGCAGAGGGCGGUCCGGACCCAAGUCUGCAGCGGCGCCAUUGGCGUGUGGAAAAUGCCACCAGAUGGCGGGUUAGGAUUGCAGCUCCGUUGAAGGCGCGGCCCCCGCUCCCGAACCCCCGGCGACCACCCCGUAACAACCCCCCCACAUCGGGAAUAACACACCGGAGACUUUUGGGGGGAAACUAGGUCGACGGCCGGCUGCGCCCGGAUGGGCAGCUGAGGAUUACCUUUGAGGUUAUUUUGGAAGUUUUGAAUUGUACAGCACUUGAUUCUUUGCUCCAUUGUGGAAAGAUCUUUACAGCAAUGAUUACUUCAGAGUUACCAGUGUUACAGGAUUCAACUAAUGAAACUACUGCCCAUUCUGAUGCUGGCAGUGAACUUGAAGAAACAGAGGUCAAAGGGAAAAGAAAAAGGGGUCGACCUGGCCGGCCUCCAUCUACAAAUAAGAAACCUCGAAAAUCUCCAGGAGAGAAGAGUAGAAUUGAAGCUGGAGUUAGAGGAACAGGCCGUGGAAGAGCUAAUGGGCAUCCUCAACAGAAUGGUGAAGGGGAGCCUGUCACAUUAUUUGAAGUGGUGAAACUGGGGAAAAGUGCAAUGCAGUCUGUGGUCGAUGACUGGAUUGAAUCAUAUAAACAGGACAGGGACAUCGCACUUCUGGAUUUAAUCAACUUUUUUAUCCAGUGUUCAGGAUGUCGAGGUACUGUGAGAAUAGAGAUGUUUCGAAAUAUGCAGAAUGCAGAAAUCAUCAGAAAAAUGACUGAAGAAUUUGAUGAGGACAGUGGUGAUUACCCCCUUACCAUGCCUGGACCUCAGUGGAAAAAAUUUCGUUCAAACUUUUGUGAAUUUAUUGGAGUCCUGAUUCGACAAUGUCAGUAUAGCAUAAUUUAUGAUGAGUAUAUGAUGGACACAGUAAUCUCCCUUUUGACUGGUUUGUCAGACUCCCAGGUCAGAGCUUUUAGACAUACAAGUACCCUUGCUGCCAUGAAGCUCAUGACUGCUCUGGUGAAUGUUGCCUUAAACCUCAGUAUUCAUCAGGAUAAUACACAGAGACAAUAUGAGGCUGAGAGAAAUAAAAUGAUUGGGAAGAGAGCCAACGAAAGGUUGGAGUUACUACUUCAGAAACGCAAAGAGCUACAAGAAAAUCAGGAUGAAAUCGAAAAUAUGAUGAACUCUAUUUUUAAGGGUAUAUUUGUUCAUAGAUACCGUGAUGCUAUUGCUGAGAUUAGAGCCAUUUGUAUUGAAGAAAUUGGAGUAUGGAUGAAAAUGUAUAGUGAUGCCUUCCUAAAUGACAGUUACCUAAAAUAUGUUGGCUGGACUCUUCAUGACAGGCAGACCCAGUACUUCCCCAUUUGGGCUAUGCUGAAAUUUGACCUUAGCUUGGAGCUACAAGGGAAGCAAGGAGAAGUCAGGCUGAAGUGUUUGAAAGCUCUACAAAGUCUGUAUACCAAUAGGGAAUUAUUCCCCAAAUUGGAGCUAUUCACUAACCGAUUCAAGGAUCGCAUUGUAUCAAUGACACUUGAUAAGGAAUAUGAUGUUGCUGUGGAAGCUAUUCGAUUGGUUACUCUGAUACUUCAUGGAAGUGAAGAAGCUCUUUCCAAUGAAGACUGUGAAAAUGUUUACCACUUGGUAUACUCAGCACAUCGCCCUGUUGCUGUGGCAGCUGGAGAAUUCCUUCACAAAAAGCUAUUUAGCAGACAUGACCCCCAAGCAGAAGAAGCAUUAGCAAAGAGGAGGGGGAGGAACAGUCCAAAUGGGAACCUUAUUAGGAUGCUGGUUCUUUUCUUUCUUGAAAGUGAGUUACACGAACAUGCUGCCUACUUGGUGGACAGUUUGUGGGAGAGCUCUCAAGAACUGUUGAAAGACUGGGAAUGUAUGACAGAAUUGUUAUUAGAAGAACCUGUUCAAGGAGAGGAAGCAAUGUCUGACCGUCAGGAGAGUGCUCUUAUAGAGCUAAUGGUUUGUACGAUUCGUCAAGCUGCUGAGGCACAUCCUCCAGUGGGAAGGGGUACCGGCAAGAGAGUGCUAACUGCCAAAGAAAGGAAAACUCAAAUUGAUGAUAGAAACAAAUUGACUGAGCAUUUUAUCAUCACACUGCCUAUGUUGCUAUCAAAGUAUUCUGCAGAUGCAGAGAAGGUAGCAAACUUGCUACAAAUCCCACAGUAUUUUGAUCUAGAAAUUUAUAGCACAGGUAGAAUGGAAAAGCAUCUAGAUGCUUUACUAAAACAGAUUAAAUUUGUUGUGGAGAAGCACGUAGAAUCAGAUGUUCUAGAAGCCUGCAGUAAAACCUAUAGCAUCUUAUGCAGUGAAGAAUAUACCAUCCAGAACAGAGUUGACAUAGCUCGAAGCCAACUGAUUGAUGAGUUUGUAGAUCGAUUCAAUCAUUCUGUGGAAGAUCUGUUGCAAGAGGGAGAAGAAGCUGAUGAUGAUGAUAUUUACAAUGUUCUUUCUACAUUAAAGCGGUUAACCUCUUUCCACAACGCUCAUGAUCUCACAAAAUGGGAUCUGUUUGGUAAUUGCUACAGAUUAUUGAAGACUGGAAUUGAACAUGGAGCUAUGCCAGAACAGAUAGUCGUACAGGCACUGCAGUGUUCCCAUUACUCGAUUCUUUGGCAGUUGGUGAAAAUUACUGAUGGUUCUCCUUCCAAAGAGGAUUUGUUGGUAUUGAGGAAAACAGUGAAAUCCUUUUUGGCUGUUUGCCAACAGUGCCUAUCUAAUGUUAAUACUCCAGUGAAGGAACAGGCUUUCAUGUUACUCUGUGAUCUAUUGAUGAUUUUCAGCCACCAAUUAAUGACAGGUGGCAGGGAGGGCCUUCAGCCUUUGGUGUUUAAUCCAGAUACUGGACUUCAGUCUGAACUCCUCAGUUUUGUGAUGGAUCAUGUUUUCAUUGACCAAGAUGAGGAGAACCAGAGCAUGGAGGGUGAUGAAGAAGAUGAAGCUAAUAAAAUUGAGGCCUUACAUAAGAGAAGGAAUCUACUUGCUGCCUUCAGCAAACUUAUCAUCUACGAUAUUGUUGACAUGCAUGCAGCUGCAGACAUCUUUAAACACUACAUGAAGUAUUACAAUGACUAUGGUGAUAUUAUUAAGGAAACACUGAGUAAAACCAGGCAGAUUGAUAAAAUUCAGUGUGCCAAGACCCUCAUUCUCAGUUUACAGCAGUUGUUUAAUGAACUUGUUCAAGAGCAAGGUCCCAACCUAGAUAGGACAUCUGCCCAUGUAAGUGGCAUUAAAGAAUUGGCACGUCGCUUUGCCCUUACAUUCGGAUUGGACCAGAUCAAGACACGAGAAGCAGUUGCCACACUUCACAAGGAUGGCAUAGAAUUUGCCUUUAAAUACCAAAAUCAGAAAGGACAAGAAUAUCCGCCUCCUAAUCUGGCUUUCCUAGAAGUACUAAGUGAAUUUUCAUCUAAGCUUCUUCGACAAGACAAAAAGACUGUUCACUCAUACCUAGAAAAAUUCCUAACGGAACAGAUGAUGGAAAGGAGGGAGGAUGUAUGGCUUCCACUCAUCUCCUAUAGAAAUUCGUUAGUCACUGGAGGUGAAGAUGAUAGAAUGUCCGUGAACAGUGGAAGUAGCAGCAGCAAAACCUUCUCAGUAAGGAAUAAGAAAGGACGACCUCCACUUCACAAAAAACGAGUAGAAGAUGAAAGUCUGGAUAAUACGUGGCUGAACAGGACUGACACCAUGAUUCAGACUCCUGGCCCCCUGCCAGCACCACAGCUCACUUCCACUGUACUGCGAGAGAACAGCCGGCCCAUGGGAGAGCAGAUUCAGGAGCCUGAGUCUGAGCAUGGUUCUGAACCUGACUUUUUACACAAUCCUCAGAUGCAGAUCUCUUGGUUAGGCCAGCCGAAAUUAGAAGACUUAAAUCGGAAGGACAGAACAGGAAUGAACUACAUGAAAGUGAGAACUGGAGUAAGACAUGCCGUUCGGGGUCUAAUGGAGGAAGAUGCUGAGCCCAUCUUUGAAGAUGUAAUGAUGUCAUCCCGGAGUCAGUUAGAAGAUAUGAAUGAAGAAUUUGAAGAUACUAUGGUUAUUGACCUGCCCCCAUCAAGAAAUCGGCGAGAGAGAGCUGAGCUGAGGCCAGAUUUCUUUGAUUCUGCAGCUAUCAUAGAAGACGAUUCAGGAUUUGGAAUGCCUAUGUUCUGAAGUCUGAAGAAAAUUUACAAAUCUGGAACUCUAUUAUUUAGAGCUAGAGGCCUAUAUACUGUGAUAGCUUGUAUGGGGAAAAAAACACUUUUGAUGUGAUCUGAUUUGUUUUUUAAUCAAAUGAUUGAGGUCAAUCCCUUUUUGCAGUGACAGAAGAGGAGCAUGUAAAUUACCCAAGAGAAUGUUGGUGAAUGUCACCUCAGAAAGACUGACCUGAAAAAUCAUUUGUGUCCUAUUAUUGGACUUAUCCCAAUACAGAUGUGUGUGUUUUUCUGGAGGGAGGAAGAAAUUUUAAAUUUUUAAAACAGCUGUCAAGAUAAACACUGUAAUACACCUGUUUUAUGAAAACUCAGCAUUGAGUAAAAAAAAAUAUUUUUAACUUUAUUUUCCUGUUGUACAAUUUAAAAACCGUUUUAACAUUUUGCCUUUUUAUGUUUUAAAAGCUAACCAUUUUUAUUAAACCUAUGAGUAAAGCAGCUCAUCCUAAUUGCCGAAGAGUGUUUUGGAGCUCACUGGAUUUGGUUGGACCUUGUGGAAUACAGAAAUAUGGAGGAGCAGAAUACUGACAAGCUAAGAUGAAACUCUGACAGUGCAUCGCUGCCAAAAACCAUACACCCUCUGUGGACAUCAUAGAUAUGAAAUCCCCGAUUUUAUAUACUCUUGAAUAAAAAGGUUUAUUUUUAUUUAUAAGGGGGCAUAAAAUAAGACAUGUCCAAGCAGCCAUUUUUCCAACAGAUGCUGUACACCAUUCAUUUUAUAUAGAUUAGGGAGAUUCAAAUACAGUACAUUUUCUAUUGGUAUUUGUUCUGUGCAUUUUUAGCAACUUCUACCAGCAAAUAAAGUAUUCUCAGUAAAACAAAAAUGGUUCUCAAGUUAUCAGUUUGCCGUUUUUACCACUUAUUUCAUGCCCUGCCAAAUUCAAGUUACAUGGACUUCCAUUUUCUUAAAAAGAUAAUCAUGAAGAACUCCUUCGCCAUUCAAACGUAAUUUUAAGUGUAACAUAACCGUGUCUACUUCCCAUGCACUUAAUACCCUUAUGCACUAAUUUUGUGAAUUAAGUUUACCGAUUAUAGAAGUGUGUGCUGCAUAGAAGUCUGUGCUUAGAGGGUGAAGUACUUAAGCUUACCUUGAAAUACAGCAACAUUUCAGUGUUAAAUGUGCAUAUUAAGGAUAAUUCUUUGGGGGAAAGAAAUUAUGAAUCUUCAGGACAGCCUUUAAUGGUUUAGAGUUACAUUCUGCUUAGACUUUUAUGACUUGCUGCUACUGUUAUUUUAAAAAGCCCACUUACUUACUUUCUUCCUUUCUGAUUUUUAAAGUAAGCCUCAGAACUUCCAAACCAAUCCAUCCACAGCUAUUUCUGGGCUGGUUUUUAAAGUAGCUGCAACAGAGUGAUGAGGCUUUCCCUUUUUACCAAAAAACAAAAGCAUUAAAAAAAAAAAAAAAAUCUGUGCACCCAGUGACUAUGUGGGAAAGCAGAAUGGAUUACUUUAUUCAUCCUUUUAGUAAACAGACAAAACAAACUUUUCUCAACAUUUGUACAGUUCUGAAAAAAACUUCUUGGUCAUCAAAAAUGUUUUAUCUGCUGAUUGAGCAAUUCCUGGGCUCCAGUUGGGGCUGGGGUCUCGCUUUCCUCCAGAAAUGUGGGUUUCACUGGAAGUGAAGGGGCGGGGAUGAUUGAUUGGACUGUCCACCACGCCAGCCCUGCCCGCCUGUGGUUCUGGCCAGGGAGCAGGCUGGGAAGUGCCCUGGCACCUGCACAGAUUGAUCCUUGGCUUGACAGUUUCACGUGGAAAACAAACAGAUGCUGACUUAGAAUUGUAGACUACCAUGCAACAGAAAAGGCAUAAUAUCGACUCCAAUGGGUUUCCAGUUCAGUUUGAAGUCAAUCAAAUUUUUGUAUUUUCAGUGUCUCCUUGAUUGGUUUUGCUAGUAAUUCUGUAAAUUGUACAUUUGCAAUAUGAGGUUUUUUUUUCCUUUUGUACAAUUUGAAACUGAUGCUUCACCUUUCCUUUAAUAAACU